CAAUUGUGUUUCUUGCGCAGAGACAUUGUGAAUCGAACGAACAAUUUUUGAACCCUUCGAUUCGAACUUAAAUUACGUUCAGGAUAUCAAAGUCAAGAUGUUACUCUUCUGCCCCUCCUGCAGCAAUGUCCUCACCGUGAGCCAGAUUUCUGUUGAGGGGGACGAGACGCCGGUCAAUCGCCUCGAGUGCCAGACUUGUCCGUACCAGUAUAUCAUCACGAAACGAUACUUCGAGCGCAGGGCUUUUGUUAGGAAAGAGAGGGAGGAUGUGUUUGGCGGGCCUGGAGCUUGGGAUAAUGCGGAUAAGAUCAAGAUUCAGUGUCCGAAGGAUGGGUGUGAUGGGGAUGAGGCGGCGUUCUUUCAGGUGCAGAUUCGGAGUGCUGAUGAACCUAUGACGGGUUUCUAUAAGUGUAUGACUUGUGGGAAUCGGUGGAGAGAGAACUGAUAUUCGUGUCGAGUGGAGGAUCUGCAGAUCAUGGUUUGGAGUGGAGGUGCAUGGGAGGUGGUACUUUGCUAUUGUUUGCAAUUCAGCGAGGCGUAUGGGAAGCAUUCAAGGCGUCACUUGGCGGAUACCACGGAUAUGCAAGGAGAUACUCCAUUGAUGAAGAUCUCCCAUAUAUCAAUCCAAUACAUUGCAGACUCCACUCUGCCUCCAUUUGCCAGAAAACGCCGUGUCCUGGGUAUCAUAAGGUCUUGUCCUGAUAGCUUUCGUGUAUGCAUCUCUCUUGUCUUCAAGAAGGUGGCCCCUCCGCUCCUCUUUUCAUACCCUCUUCGAACAGUCUGGCAACUACGUCAGGGCUUAGAAUAUCC